AAAAAGAAGAUGGACUUCGCAUUGUGACGUAUAAAGCAUCAAACUUCGUGAAAGCUUUCAGACAAAACAGAGUGAUAGAAAUGCUGAUAAUUCUGUGUCUUCUGGCUCUCACCUCAUCCUGCUGCGGCCAGUCAUGGAGGAAAGUGGAGGGAUCCAUGAAACAUGUGUCAAUAGGAAAAGCAGGCGUGUGGGCGGUUGAUACUGAUGAUAUGAUCUACUAUCGUGAGGGUACAUACCAGGAGCCAAAUGCUAUUGGCACAAGUUGGACGCACGUCCCCGGAGACUUCAAAGUCAUCGACGUCGGCACAGACAUCGUCGUCGGCAUCUACAAAUGGUUUGAGGUUUAUUACAGAAAGGAUAUCACAGCCGAAAAUCCUACAGGGUCGAGCUGGGUCAAACUGGACGGUUAUCUCAAUCACGUGACUGUGUCACCCCAUGGCGCCAUCUGGGGAAUUGGUGACUGGUAUUCGGUCUGGUUCAGGAAUGGCAUUAGCCUGGACAAUCCAGUGGGAACUGGUUGGCAGAAGGUUGAUGGGCGCUUCACAAAGAUUUAUGCAGGACCGUCUGGCGUGUGGACGGUCGACUACCGCGACAACAUUUUUUACCGAGAGGGAACCUAUGGGGGAAACAUCACGGUGGGCAGAGGAUGGACCAAAGUAGAUGGAAAUCUUGUAUACGUCGCUUCCGGUUCAGAUGUGGUGGUUGGCUUGAACAGGGGGCACAAGCUCUUUCGCAGAACUGGAAUCAGUGAAACAAAUCCCACAGGAGAUCGAUGGGUGCCCAUGGAUGGACAACUGUUCAGGAUUGACGAGUAUGGCGGUACUAUGUGGGGGGUUAGGUCAGGAUGGAAUAUCUUUACAUCGCCCACCAACUAACACGUCACCAUAAGCAACAACCUCUCGAUUCUAGAUGAUUUCUAUUCGACAAUUUUAACUGUUUUCCAAAUAAAGGCUGUAACUUAGGCCUUUAACAAUAAAAAGUUAUUUAAUCUGA